CUUCUCUCAACUCUAAACUCUCAACCGCUUAUAAAUACACACCAACCACCUCUGCUUGUAACCCCCAAAGAAAAAACACCACACUAAAAACCAACAUCAGGAAAUGUGUGAAAGCUUCAAACGCCAGUACCAACUUUGCGACGAGAUCGGUCGAGGACGUUUCGGCGUCGUUUUUCGUUGUUUUUCACCUUCAUCUCAUACAUCUUUUGCUGUUAAAUCCAUCGAUAAGCGUCUCCUUUUAGACGACGAAACUGACCGUGAAUGUCUCGAUAAAGAACCUAAAAUCCUUCAGAUUCUCUCUCCUCAUCCUAACAUUCUUCAGAUCCAUGAUAUCUUUGAUUCUGACUCUCAUCUUUUGAUUGUCACUGAUCUUUGCCAAGAAUCUACACUUUAUGAUCGAGUUGUUUCUGCUGGUCCUUUUUCUGAAACCGACGCUUGUUCUGUUUUUACUCAGCUUAUCGACGCUCUCGCUCACUGUCACCGCAACUACAUCUGUCACAGGGAUGUGAAGCCAGAUAAUAUUCUAUUUGACUCAAGAAACAGGGUAAAGUUGUGUGAUUUUGGGUCAGCAGAGUGGUUUGGAGGAGUAGAAGGAAGAGAGAGAAUGAAUGGUAUAGUAGGAACACCAUAUUAUGUAGCACCAGAAGUAUUAGCUGGAAGAGAAUACAAUGAAAAGAUAGAUGUAUGGAGUGCUGGUGUUAUCUUGUAUAUUAUGCUUGGUGGUGUUCCUCCGUUUUAUGGUGACACUGUUGAAGACACUUUUGCAGCUGUUCUUCGUGGUAAUCUUAGAUUUCCCACUAAAAUUUUCAGGUCUAUUUCUCCUGAAGCUAAGGAUUUGAUGAGGAAGAUGCUUUCUAAAGAUGUUUCCAGAAGGUUUUCUGCUGAACAAGUCCUCCGGCACCCAUGGGUAACAAGUGGAGGAAUGACAAGCACAAUGAAUGACAUGAGUUGAAGUUCUAACCAAAAGUACAAAAAUUUUCUGUAAUUUGGAGUUGUUGUAACUUGUAAAUAGGAGAAGAUAAAGUGGGAUCAAGAUGAAAUUCCUAGAGGAUGGAUUGUUCCAGAUUCUCCAAAUAUAUUUCUCUGAUCCCAAAUUUUGAAGACUUAAAAAAAAAAAAACCAGAAAAAAAAAGAAGUCUUUAAAAAAAAAACCAUAAAAAAAUGAUUUGAAAGCUUCUCCUGCUUAUCUAUGAAGAAGAGAAGAAUCUUUGAAGUUGAAGACAAGAUUGGCACCAUUUUUUCUACCUGGUGUGGUCUCUAUUAGUUUAGUGAUAUGAGCAGUAUGUUAAAAAAUAUGAAAAGAAAAGUUGAUUUCUCUUUUUUCUUUUUUUAAUUACUUUGUUUAAUCGGCAAGAAAGAGUUUAUUAAGGAUGUAGAUAUUAAGUAGGUAGACGUGGAAUAAUGUUUAGGCCUCCACUUAAUCACUAAGUUUCCCAUUUUGCCCCUUUUUUUUUGUAGAGAGUAUAUGGAGGCAAAUGUGAGAGAUUUUCUUUUUAGUAAGUGUAUCUUGUGGAUGUAAUGAAAUAUGCCUAAUUUUCAAUAUAAUUUUGUACUAUAAGUACUUUUGUGGUCCA